ACUCGGGACGCCGAGACAAGCCGGAGAGGCGGGAUAGGAGGAUCGGCGCCUCUUCUUCAUGCACCUGGCCGGGGAUCCCCCAGCGGGGACCGAGAGGCGGCGGCUGAGGCGGCGAGGGAGCAGGGCUGGCGGGGAUCGGCUGCUACAGCUAGGAGCCAAAAAGAUGCCCGCGGUAGCAGCACCUGCGGUUCGGGUUGGCUCCAUCGGUCCUCCGGCCGUCGCCCUGCGGGGGCCUGUGGCGAAAGAGCCUGGCUGCCGUUCUUAGUGGCGCCCAGGUCGAGGGUUCUCGCCCACACGGGACUGCAUGCCUGCUCGGCGUCCCGCGUUCCUGCCAUGGGGAGUCCCUUCUGGCCCCUCGUGUUGCUGGGCUGCUCUGCAGGAUUGAGUAGUAUUCUUGGAACUGGGUAUCGUUGUGAGAAGGCAUGCAAUCCUCAAAUGGGAAACCUAGGUCAUGGACGUAAAUUGUGGACAGAUACAACAUGUGGAUACAACUCCACAGAAUUAUACUGUUCUUACAGUGAAAAUACAGACCUCCUAUGCAAGCAGCCUAAGUGUAGCAAAUGCAACUCUAUGAAUACACAUCUGGCUCAUCCGGCUUCUGCUAUGGUUGAUUCGUCUUUUAGAUUACCACACACAUGGUGGCAAUCAGCACAAGGAGUAGAGAGGGAGAAGAUCCAGCUCAAUUUGGAAACUGAAUUUUAUUUCACUCAUUUAAUCAUGAUAUUCAAGUCACCAAGACCAGCAGCCAUGGUCCUAGAGCGAUCUCAGGAUUUUGGAAAAACUUGGAAGCCUUAUAAGUAUUUUUCCAUCAACUGCUCAGCAGCCUUUGGGUUGGAUGAUGACGUAACUAAGAAAGAGGCACUUUGCACUUCAAGAUACUCCAGCCAUUUCCCCUGCACUGGAGGAGAGGUUAUAUAUCGAGCUCUGUCACCUCCAAACCCUGCUGAUGACCCUUACAGUCUUAAAAUUCAGGCACAGUUGAAAAUCACGAACCUUCGAGUGCAACUGCUAAAGCGACAAUCCUGCCCAUGUCACAGCAACGAUCUGAAUGCAAACCCACCGCAGCUAACUUACUAUGCAAUCUAUGAUUUUAUUGUGAAGGGGAGCUGUUUUUGCAACGGCCAUGCAGAUCGCUGUGCACCUCUUAAAGGUUUUAGGCCUGUCAAAGCAGCAGGAGUCUUCCAUGUGGUCCAUGGGAGAUGCAUUUGUAAACAUAAUACUGCAGGAACUCAUUGUCAGCAUUGUGCCCCUCUUUACAAUGACCAACCCUGGCUUGCUGCAAAUGGCCAAACAGGAGCUCCAAAUGUCUGCAAAUCUUGUAAAUGCAAUGGGCACUCUGACACUUGUCACUUUGAUAUGAACACAUGGCUGGCAUCAGGGAACCAAAGUGGGGGCAUUUGUGACAACUGUCAACAUAAUACUGAAGGACAGCACUGUGAACGUUGCAAGCCAGGCUUUUAUCGAGAUCUUAGAAAGCCUUUUUCUGCUCCUGACACCUGCAAAUUGUGCUCUUGCAACCCCAUUGGAUCAGCCAUGCUUCCUUUUAGCAACAGCACUUUCUGUGACCCCAGCAAUGGUGAUUGUCCCUGCAAACCUGGAGUGUCUGGUUCCCAGUGUGAUCGGUGUAUGGUAGGAUACUGGGGAUUUGGACAUUAUGGCUGUCGACCAUGUGAUUGUGCAGGAAAUUGUGAUUCAAUCAAUGGAGACUGCAUCAACAGCAAUGCAGACAGAAAGUGGUACCAUGAAAUCCCUGCACUUAACAAGAGUGAAGUAGAUUGGGAGUGGAAGGAAGAACAAGGAUACUCUGCUCUUCGGCAUUCCGGAAAGUGUGAAUGUAAAGACCAAGUUUUGCAAAAUUUUAAGAUCUUUUGUGCCAUGAAAUAUACAUAUGUGGUAAAGGCAAAGAUUUUGUCUGCUCAUGAUAAAGGGUCUCAUGCUGAGGUCAAUGUGAUGAUCCAGAAAGUACUGAAAUCUACAAAACUGAAGAUUGUCCAAGGAAAACGGAUUCUUUAUCCAGAAUCAUGGACUAAUCCAGGUUGUACCUGUCCAAUACUUAAUCCUGGAUUGAAAUAUCUUGUGGCUGGAUAUGAAGACGUUCAUACAAGCAGACUGAUAGUCAAUAUGAAAAGCUUUGUUCACCAGUGGAAAUCAGCUCUGGGAAAAAAGAUUUCCCGUUUUACAUGUAAAACUUCAUGAAAAGCCUCUGAGAUUAAAUCUGGAAUGUGAGGGAACAGUGCCAAAUGUAGUAUAAAAAGAACUUUAAUUCAUAGCCCAUUCACCUUGACUCAAAACACCUUAUUUCAGAUUGCAGAAAUUGUUGGAGUUCUCUUACACAACCCUCUUUUUCUAUGCAAUAGGAUGAGAAGUAUGAACUAAACAUAACAAUCCAAAAGUGUGGUACUAUGGUAUACAUCCACAUCUGCAUUCCUGCAACUCUAGCAUUUUUAUUUUAUCAACAAUUAUCAGUUUGGUGUGGUCAAAGCAUUUUUUGAACAGAAUUUCCUCAGUUUUUUUUCUGGACUGGACCAAGAUAGAGUGCUUAAAAGUAAAACCCAUUAAUUUGGCAGAAUUUGCCUUGUCAUUACAUCCUUAAAGUUCUCAUAAUCAAUAUAGAUUUAAUAUCAAAUUUAAAUGUUUUAUUUAAGCCGCACAAAAAUGUAUGGAUAAUUUAAAAGUUGAAGCUUUCAUUUUCUUCUUUGGAAAUAUGUAUAUAUACUUGUGAUGGAUAAAGUAAUUGCUGUUAUUUGUACUGUUGUAACGAAUGAGAUUAACUGAAUGCUUCAUCGGUGUAUUGCAAUCAUAAAGGGGAAUUUGGUUAGGUUUAUAUUCAUGUUUCUGUAGAUAUAAAUGGAAAUGACCAAUGUAUGUGGUCUUUUUUAAAGCAAUAUAUAGGAUCUCCACUGAAAUACAAAAGAAUGCAGACUCAAGUUGGUUAAAUCAAUGGCUUUUGGGGGUUGCAGUCAUGAGCACUUAAAAGGUAAUGAAAAUGGUACUCUAAUUUAUUAGAAUUUUGACUUCAAAUAUUUUAUGUAUAAAGCACUUUAUUGCCUGCCCACUUCAAGUGUGAGCAAUCUAAUAUUGGGGAACAGGGACAGCACAAGAGAAAGAAUGAGAGAACAGAAACUUGCUAAACUACUGCUUUCCUUAUAACUUAGCAAAAGCCAUUGAGAAAAACUAAAAAUAACUUGUGAAAAAGAAUAUAUUUACAGUGGAGCCCCAACCUCAAAAUGAUAAUUUGAUUUGAUUGAUAUCAGUUAUGAUAAGACUCCAUAAGCAUAAAAAAAUAAUGGAAGUUUAUGAAAAAUGUGGUAAACUUGCCCAGCAUUAUGCUGGCCUUUGUUUUUAGUUUUGUAAUAUUUAGAUUUAAACUGUUGUCUAAUUGUCAUCUUCUGCUUCUACACAUAGUGUACAUACUCUUCCAAAAUUGCAUAUAUUUAUAUAUCAAGAACUUCAUCACUGGUAUCUACACUGUUCUGUUAACACAAGCACUGACUAACAUAUUCUAUUUAUAUGAACAUACAAAAAAUAAGGGCAAAGGCACCAUACAACGUAAAUAAAACAGCCAUCCAUGGCUCAUCUGUUAUUUUUUAUUGUGGUCCUAUAGAUUUUUAAAAUUGAUACCGUUUUAGAUGUUUUUCCAUUUUAUGUGUAUAAUAAAUAUGUUACAA